CUGAACUUUAAAAUGAAAUGCUAUUGAUUCUCCUAUGUCAUGUCGAUUUCCAAGCAUUUUUAACCCUUUCCUUUUCUAUAGAGCUUGAAGCUGGACGAGGCCAAGCUGGUGCACAUCUACCUGUUUACCUCUCAGGGCUCCCAAGAUGUCACCAACAGUGUUAACCACCAGAUGGUGACCUCUGACCUAUGGAAGCACCCCGCCUUCCCCGGACCCCAGAAGGACGGCCUCCCUACCCCCAGUUUCCUCGACACCAUGGUCGCCAACAUGGUGGAUCAGUUUACCCACGACAGCCCAGCCUGCAGCCCUAUCCUUGUCUCCACCAAGACCCCCAGCCCUCUGGAGGGUGCCGGGGACACAUCAAGAGUGCUCACCCCCACUUUGGUCACCUGCGCUUGGGGAGAGAAGCAGCUGGCGCUGACCCCUCUCAUGGAGCUUCCCCAGGCGGGCCAGAACAUGGACGUCUACGUGUCUGUGGCCUGUCACCCGGGACACUUUGUGCUGCAGCCGUGGCAGGACCCGUACAAGCUGAUGGGAGAGAUGGUCCUUUACAACAACCAGAGUGGGGAGACGCCGGGGCCCGGAGAUGAACAGAAAGGCCAGGCCAAGGUGGACCAUAAGUGA